AUGGUGUCGUCUGGCUCAUGGCUCGGCCUGGACCAGUGUACUGAGCUCACUGGGUACGGGCAUGAUGACGAGACAAAGGGCUGCAGCUCAAACGCAUCGUCUCAAAAUGCUGUCACUCAUUACACAACACAACUGACAGUGAAAUGUGAGAGAGAACUUGAACCUGGAUUUAUCUUCAUCCUGGACCAGAUGCUGCCAAAGUUCUGUGCAAAGCAAUGUGAGAAAGGCCGAGUGGAGAGUGUGCAGCCUGUCCCCAGCAGAUGGGUUGGACGUUUCUUCCUGGCGGCCGUGUUGCUUCUCGGGACGUACAUAAGAAGAAUGAAACUAUCGCCCAGUGCUGUGAAUGAGAGUAACUCCACAAUGGCGAUGCUCUUAAGCCUCACACUGCACUCCUUCCCCACUCAGCAGCCCUCUGAGUGGCCCGGCAUCACUGUGGCGGUCUCUGUCGCCGUCUACCUCUCCUGUGCUUUGGGUAGAACUGUGCAUGUGAUACUCGCCUACAGGGCUGUCAUGAAAGUGCUAUGUCCGACACAGCAGCAGUUUGGAGCUCUGCCUCUCACUGUGCUGAUCCUCUGGUUGACCUGUGUUCUUCGUCUGCUCAAUAAGAAUGUGAGACACUGGAUGGAAGAUGAACUUGUUGAGGGCAACGGAGGAUCAACUCUGAGCUCCUGGGCUUUGCUGAAUGACAGGGAACUGAAGUUUGCCAGGAUAGUGAUGUUUACAGUGGAGGAGAUCAACAGAGAUACUAAGCUCCUUCCUGGAUUGAGUCUGGGCUACAGGCUGUACAAUGGUUGUGGGGAUGAGAACCUGAUUCGAGCAGCAGUGGAAGCCGUAAACGGAGAGGACUCAAAGGGCUGCGCUGAUCAGAUACAGGCUCUCCUGGGCCAUUCCUCCUCCGGAGUGAGUAAAGACAUAAACAUCAUACUCAGCCCGCUAUCCAUUCCACAGGUGAGCCAUCUCUCCACUUGUGCUUGUUUGAGUGACAAAAGGCAGUUCCCCACAUUCUUCAGAACUGUGCCCAGUGACCGCUUCCAAAUCAUCGGUCUGGUGCAGCUCAUGAAAUACUUUGACUGGCGCUGGGUGGGGAUCAUUUAUUCUCAGGGCGUGUACUCAGAAGAAGGUACAAUGGCAUUUGCAAAGGAAGCCGAAAAAGAGGGCAUAUGUGUUGAAUACCGGUUACCUUACUCAAAGACACAUGUAAAAUUUCCUGCUAUUGUGGAGGCUCUGAGGAAAUCCUCGUCCAAGGUGGUCCUCUUGUUUUUGCCCUUCACCAAAUCGUUCUUGUCAGAAAUAGAGAAGUAUAACAUCACUGGAAAGCAAUGGGUUGGCAGUGAGGCUUGGAUCACUCAAACAGACCUGGCUUCUGACAGGAGAAAGAGCAUUUUGCAGGGGGCGAUGGGCUUCGCCCUCCCUCAGGCCUCCAUCCCAGGUCUUGGUGAAUUCUUACUCAGCUUUAAACCCUCUGACGAACCACAGAGUGCUAUAGUUAAAGAUUUCUGGGAGUCGUUCUUUGACUGCAGCUUCUCUCCGUCAAAUACUUCUGCUACGUGUACUGGCACAGAAGAUCUCAGCACAGUCUCCAGUGACUACACAGACGUGAAACAUUUUAGGCCAGAGAAUAAUUUGUACAAAGCUGUGUACUUGGUGGCGUAUGCUAUUCACGCACUACUGCAAUGUCACAAUGGCUCAAAUCCAACCACUGGAAAGUCCUGUGUGACUAAAGACCAAGUGUUGGAGCACAUUAAGUACAUGAACUUCACAACACAGAGUGGGGCCAAGGUUUUCUUUGAUGAAAACGGAGACUCAGUUGCCCAGUAUGACUUAGUUAACUGGCAAAUAAAAGACGACGGCUCUGUUGAGAUCGUAAACAUCGGUCAAUUUGACACGUCUCUGCCAGAGGGGCAGAAAUUCAAACUAAAAGACAACACCAGGAUAGUUUGGGGAGGAAACAGUAUCGAGGUGCCGAGGUCUGUUUGCAGAGAGCCGUGUCCCCCAGGGACUCGAAAGGCGAUAAAGAAGCAUAAACCUGUGUGCUGCUUCGACUGCUUUGAGUGCCCCGAGGGGACAAUUAGUAAUGAGACAAAUUCUCCCGACUGUUUGAUCUGUCCACCUGAAUUUUGGCCGAAUGAAAAGAAAGACCAGUGUCUCCCGAAGCCGACUGAGUACCUCUCCUACAACGAGAUCAUGGGGGCACUUUUAACUGGAUUUGGUUGUGUGGGCAUAUUUUUAUCUCUACUGACAUCAAUCAUUUUUCGGACUCAUAAAGAGACUCCCAUUGUUAAAGCCAACAACUCCGAGCUGAGCUUCCUGCUGCUCUUCUCCCUGACGCUGUGCUUCCUGUGCUCCCUGACCUUCAUCGGCCGGCCCUCUGAGUGGUCCUGCAUGCUGCGGCACACUGCGUUCGGCAUCGCCUUCGUCCUCUGCAUCUCUUGUGUCCUCGGGAAAACUAUAGUGGUGUUAAUGGCCUUCAGGGCGACACUUCCAGGCAGAAAUAUGAUGAAAUGGUUCGGUCCUGCCCAGCAGAGGCUCAGUGUUCUGAGUUUCACCCUGGUUCAGGUUGUAAUUUGUGUACUUUGGCUCACAACCAACCCUCCAUUCCCAAGGAUGAACAUGAUAUACUAUAAAGAUAAGAUCAUCUUAGAGUGCGCUCUGGGGUCAGCUGUCGGGUUCUGGGCUGUGCUGGGUUACAUCGGACUUCUUGCUCUCUUGUGUUUUAUUCUUGCUUUUUUUGCCAGGAAGCUGCCAGACAGCUUUAAUGAGGCCAAACUGAUCACCUUCAGCAUGUUGAUAUUCUGUGCAGUCUGGAUCACAUUCAUCCCGGCAUAUGUCAGCUCUCCUGGGAAGUUCACUGUGGCUGUGGAGAUAUUUGCUAUUCUGGCCUCCAGCUUUGCCUUGCUGACAUGCAUUUUUGUUCCAAAAUGCUACAUUAUCUUAUUCAGGCCAGAACAAAACUCAAAGAGACAUUUGAUGGGAAAAAUACCGCCAAGGACACUUUGAGCUGUAGUUUGAAAGGUGUCGAGUUAACUGCAAAUAAACUAGUUUCACAGCCUGACAGAUAUUGUAGUAAAUUAUAAGUUGUGAUGUGCUGAAUAAAGUAA